AUAUGGCGUUUCGUAAAGGGGCUAACAAACUCGGACAUAAAGCAAAUAAUAUAAACAACGAAAUUGAUAAAAGCAUCGUAAAUGCCUAUAAGAAAAUCCGAUGUCCGUGAAGUGUGAUCCUGGAAGCAUGAAGUACUAUGCAUAGGUGUAUUUUAGAAUAUUAGUGUCCCAUGGUUAAUUGUUUGUAUGCUUUAUGGUCGCCCAGCUAGCUACAAAAUGAAUACACUAACGGCUGGAGAUAAAUGUGUUUUUCAGAAAUUUAAAAAAUCUGAAGAAAUUCUUAAUAGCGGCUCACCAUUCACGGAAAAAAUCCCAUGCCUCAUUGAAGUAUGGAAACAAGCCCGACUAUAUUCUGUGGAGCCUCAGAAAAAUUAUGUAAUUCAUUUAAUGGAUUGGCUUAAACGCCAUACAUUGAAUAUUAUUUUGACAGGAGACUGGAAAAAAUAUAAAGAUAUUUAUGAAGACGUUCUUAUAAACGAAGUUGCACACUGUGAGUUGGCUUUUAAAAGGUACAAUCCAAAUUUUUCAUUAAGGUGCAAAAAAUUAGCCGAAAUUAUAAGAGAUCCGUGGGGGAACAAUGUGUUACACAGAUUACUCAAUCGUUCAGAUAUUGUAAUUACCCAAGAAGAGCUCGAGUUUUUCGCAAUUGAAACAGGAUAUAUAAUUUCGAUGAGACUUAAAAUGCUAUGUGAAUCCCAUUGUGAAGACUUGGCUCUUAAUUUAGCUACAACCUGUCUGCAGUGCUAUAAAGUUGCCGAGGAGCAAAAUUUCAAUAUUAACGCAACAGAGGAUCAAAAGCGUUUCAUUUUAGAUACGUACAUAGCCCUCCUUUUUAAAUUCAAAAAAACAUCUACUAUUAUUGUUAUUCUGAAAACAUUGCCGCUUCAGCAGGGUUUGGAUUUAGUUAAGCGUUUUUCGAAUAAGCGAAUUAGCAUUUCGAAAAUUUGGAGAUAUUCUAAAAAAAUAACACAUUUAGCUGCUCAAGUUUAUAUAACAGCUGCUGUUUUAAAACCCCCGGAAGAUAGUUUAGAAAUAUUAAAACAACUUUUAACUGUCUGGUUAUCUUUGGAUGUUAACAGCGAGGAAUCUUUAACUCAGGCAAUUCGUCGUAUUUUGCAAGCCGCCGACUCUGCAGUACACAUGUAUAUAUUUUGUGAACUAAUCCACAACAAGUUUCAGAUUACAAUGAAGCCAUUCACGAUAGAGCUUUUUAUUCGUGCAUUAACAACAGACAUGAACGAUCUGGAGCGUCAGAAAAAUGAAGAAAAUAGUUUGAAAGUCACCGAAAUAACAAAUCGUUUAGCAACAGGUUUCUUACGAUUAGCGGAUGUUCUGGACGAUCAUCUUAAAGUGAGCAGGGAAUGUGUUUUGACUGCCUUUAGUUUACAACCAAACGAACUAACUAUACAAAGGGUUAUAAUGUUAGCAAAACGCAGCGGUUACGAAGUUUUAGAUACCGGACAAAAAUGGAAAUGUAAAUUGCAUCCUCCUGCCAAAGAUACUGACGAAGUAUUGUGGCAAUGUGGCGAAUGUGGCGAAUAUAUGAGUAAAAUUGAAUUCCCUUCUGCUUUAAAUACCGAUACCGCUUUAUGUGAAGCGUUAGUUUCGGAAGAAUUAGGCCUUAGUUCCCAGCUUUGUGACGAUUUAGCUGUCGUUAUUGCAGGUCCUAGAUAUCAGUUCUUAAGCUGGCGACUAGAGUGGGCUGAUUUGAACAAUUUAUGUAUUUUGUACCUGAACGACCCUGACCGCACCAAAAACUUAGUGAAAGAAUUGAAAUUUGUUCAAAUCGAUUACUCCAUGUUUACUCAUAUAAAGAAAGAACCUGAAGACGACGAACUUGCGGGCAUCGAAAGGGGUUACGAGAUGUACUUGCAGGACGAAGAAGACGAUGAAAUAGGUAGCAGUGAAGAUUCUGCUUCAUUAGAUUCCCGAUGUAAUGGCCUAGGAAGCGACGGUACUGGGGAAAGUCCGAUAAGAUUGCUUCCGUUUCUACCUUCUACAUCCAAACAGUCGGAUCCUAACGUUCUUAAAAGUUUAAGAAUGUUCAGACCUACUUUAAAGCGAACUAAAGAAAAUUGUAGUACUAGUGACAUUUCAUCUAAUAAGGUAUUCAUGGGAAGUGAAAACAACAGCAACACGCUGCCAUCCAGAGUGCACACCAUUUCAUCAAAUCUCUUUAACAAUACAAACAGCUUUGAAUGUUUAUCAAAUGCGUUUUUUAAAGAGCGGAAUUAUACCGACAGUAUUAGUGCUUUAAACCAAAACAAUUUCUCGCCAAGUACAAGUCAGUACACGAUUCCUUACAAUAACGUAUCUGAAGGAAACGCGAUGACCAUGGAUAGUGGUAACGUGAAUUCUUUAAAUGAUCAUGGCAUUAGUCUUAAUAAAAUGAAGAAAGACGAGGACACACGUAGUACAAAUGAACAAUUUACUGAUAAUUAUAAAAUUCAUUUGCUCUCAUCAAGAACAAUAGGCGAUAAAAUUCAUGAGAAUAUAAGACUGACUUCGUCUGUGGUUGAAUCUUCUCGAAAAAGAAGUCGAAGUUGCUCCGAAGUUUAUGAACCGAAUUCACCUGCUAAUACUGAUGUUCAUUUUUCAGAUAAAAUUCCAAAAAACUUUUAUUCUGACGACUCCUUUCAAAGUAAAGAAAUAGGAAGCAAAAUUACAAGCGAAUUGCAACAGAACACGUCAAAGUUGAAUGGAAAUGCUUUAUCUACAUCAGUACUCGAACAUAAUGCUAUUGAUAAGGGGAAGUUACAGACUUUGUCAGAUUCGUGUACUCUAAAAUCAGUGCAAAACUUUGAAACUUUUUGCAGCACACAUUGUAAAUACAUAAAGAUCGAUAAGCAGAGUGAUGAAGUUGAUAAUGUUAACAAUGCAAACUGUUUAUUAGUAAAAUUUCCAUUAAAAGAAGUUAAAGUUGUCUUAGAUCGUAUACUAGUUCCAAAUUCGAAGCUGAAUAGCAUUGAACUAACAUCGUCUUCUUCAACUUACACCAGAAGAAAAAUGAUUAAAUUGCAGGGAAAUUUUAAAAAUUCUUGUGUAAAGCAAUUUUCUGGAAAAGAAGAGAAGGAUCCACGAAGUUGCUUACUAAACGUUGACUCUACAGCUUGUCUAAAUGGGAAUACUGUUAAAAUUCCUAAUCCAAUGAGAAAUAAUCUUAACCCUUUAGUUCUACUUCAGAGAAUCCAAUCCAUAGACAAUACAGUAAAUAAGAUGACUGAUGAGAGUAAUACUGCUAACAAAAGGUCGGAUUCAAAAUUUCAUUCGGAAACUAUAAAAAAUCCAAACAUACAAGAAGUUAAUUUAAAAAAAAGCUGGAAAAAUCCAAAUUUCGAGGAGUUGACAAAAAAUGAGAAUAAUGCAGAGAGAAAAGAAAACAUAGAAGAUGUAGAAAAUAUAACGCAUAACAUAUCAGAAGUCAAAAAUAUACAUAGAAAGGAUGCUUUAAUAACAGACAAAAUAAAAAAGGUAAUCACUGAAAAUCAAAAACCAAAAACUUUCGGUAACUUGUACGAAAACACAAACAAAUCCAGUAAGGUGAGUGGCAAUAGCUUAGAGAAGUUAUCUGUAAGAAGGGAAGACCGUAAAUUAAACGACUUUAAAUUGGCAAAUUCCGUAGAUCAGAAUAAGAACAAAAUGAUAGCUGCAGACGUUCAUAUUACUUCAAAAAAUGAAAAACCAAUCUCUCAGUCGACGGUUCGGUGGCUAGUGAAUCCUAAAACCACACAAAAUUCAAAUCAUGUCGAUAAUACCUAUAAAAAAUACAUCAAGAAAGAACAUAGAGGGAGAGAGAAAUUUAAAAAUCAAAGUGAACAUGACGACAGCCCUAUAAACACUCGAUACACUAAUUUGUUGAAACAUUUAAAAGAGCAAGUGGCUGUUUUAUCUGAUAGAUCUUCGAACAAGGAAAAUGAGAAAUGCACCAAUGUUAAAAUGGUGGAGAAUGAUUGUAACGAAAUAAAGUUAGCUGUUAAAACGGAUUUUAUCGAAGAAUCGUCUUUGUUUAAUUCUGAAAAUAGAAAUCGUAUGCGUCGAAAUAGGUCGAAGUCGUUUUGUCAUGAAAAACUAUUUCCUAGAAUCAAACUAAAACGUCCUAAUUCUGUAUGUGGAGAAGAAUCGUUUUAUUGUGGUAAAACAAUAUUAAAACCACAAAUUACCAUUAGUAGCAACAAAAUCAAUUCGAACGUUAGUAAUACCGAAGAUUCUAUUAAAAAAGAGCAAACAUCUACAGAAAUUUUUGAACACACCAUUCAGAAAGAAUCUGCAAAUCUCAUAUUAGUGAACCCCUCGGAAAAUAAUAUUGAUUAUCAUUCUUUUAAUAAUCCUACACCUUUUUCCACUUCGAACUUCGAAUGUGAUCAGCAGGAUUGUAAUAGAAGGCGUUCUCAUAGUACUGUAGGUAAUGACUUAUUUACGGAUUUCGAGUACAGCGAUCUGAAGAUGGAAGACUUGAUAAAAUUUAACACUAAGCAAUUGAAAAUUGAAAGUUGUGAGACUGUAAUAAACAGUAUUGCUUUAAACGAAGCAGAUAAGGACAUCUUAAACGAAUUCAAGGAGAAUAAUAUGACUAAAAAGGAUUCUUAUACGUUAAAUAAAAUAACAUCCGAGUGCAAGAAAGAGUUCUCGUUGCAUCGAGAUGUUGAUAAUGGAGUUGUAUUAACGCACAAAAGAAAAAAUUGCGACAAUGAAGAUGAAAAAGAAAAAGGCGGAAACAGAAAGAAGAUAGCGAAACAAAACUCAAGUGAAGAACUAAGUAACGUAAACUCCGUGCUGUCUGGCGUACCAGGCUUGAAUGAUUUAGAAAUGAUUCAGCCGCAAUAUACCAACUCGUUAAUUCAGGUCGUUCAAGUGAGUGAUCCCAGUAUUUCUACAGCACCCACUCAAAACUCCUUAACAAGUACUCAAAUUACUCCACAUAUUCAGCGUGUCGGACAACCGAGAGCAGAUAAACCAGACAAUAAUAAUUCCAAUGCACCCGUUAAUUCUUCGAGUGUAAUCACCUCUCUGACCACUUCAGCUCCCAUAAAAAGUUCCGUUUCAGAAGCCAAUCCGACUAUUAUAAAUAUUUUACAAAAUCAAGUCCGUUCUUCUAAUGCAAAUCAAACCAUUCGACCUAUUCAAAUGGGUCCGGUACUUCGACCGGCUGGCAUAAUUACUACACAUUCCAUCCAAAGAAACAGGACUGCUCCUCCCGUUAUCAACAUUUUACCUCAGCAGAUUAUUCGACCUGCCACAAUAGUUUCUUGUUCGUCACGAGCGGCAUCCGCAACGUCUAAUAACGAAACUCAGAUUAACGAAGUACAUCAGGUAGUCUCGAGCCGUCAUGAAGAUGUUUCUCAGCUUGUGACUGCCGGAAGGCUUACGUCAGCCACUGCAUUGAAGACGGUCGUCGGUGCGUCCGCUGAGCAAAGUCGAAUCGUACAAUUUAUUUGUAAAUCAUCUGACGGCAAAAUAAUUCCCGUUACUUCGUUAACUCCAAAUAAAAUAGUUAAAGUUGCUGUAACACAGCCGGUGUCUUCCUCAACACCUAACGAUGCCAAUAUAAGCAGUCCCAGUUUAGACAGUACGUUUACGAAACUGAUACAACCGAUUAAAACAAACUCUAUCACAACGGAGUCGUCGGAAGCUCUACCAAAAUUUCAGCAGGCAUUUGGAAAGUCAUACCAAGGAAAUUUAGAAGCUGUUCAGAUACUAACAACACCUGAUAAUGAAAACAACAAUAAUGGCAAUAGUGUCAGUAACGAGAUAAAAAUUGAAAAACGUACAUUAUUGGAAACAGAUAAAGUCGUGAAUAGCGCAUUGAACAAAUCUCACGCUAAAACUACUCUGCUACCAAAUUUACAGCAUAUUCAAGGAAGUGUUAUAUACAGUCACCAAGGAGUUGGUCAAACAAUAAACUUGAUACCGCCGGGGAAAGGUCAAGUAAUUCGAAUCGCAGCUUCUAAUUCUGACCAAGUAUCAUUGGUUAAAGAUUCGAUAAUCCAUAACAAAAUGAGUGCCCUUUUGGCGGCAGCUUUGCAGGGAAGGCAGCAGCAGCAGCCACAACAGCUGCAACCGAACACUAGUAAUUCUACGGAAGCCGACAGCAGUUCAGAAGACUCAUUGCCACAAUCACCAAUAACGACAACAAUAAAAGUUACGCCACAGAGGCAAACUUUAGUUUCUAACGCGCGCAUUGUAAAACCUCUGGUUCACGUUUCUUCUAAUGUUAUCCGUAGUACUAGUAAUUCUCAAAGUAAUUUAAGUUCUACUACUCUAGAACAAUUACGCGAAUUUGACAUGGUAUACAAGCAAGUUAAAGAACGAAGUAACACAACUUGUGUUCCAGAAGUAUCCGUACAGAACGAAAGUAUCGAAUCGUCUCCGCCGCAAAUAAGUGUAACGUAUCUAAAUCAAAAUCAGAAAUUAAGUUGUGCGCCUGUAGUUGUAGUUAGCAACUACUGCACUGUACAAUCGGCUAUUUCUCCAGCAUUGAGUGUUUCGUCACAAGGGAGGGCCAGUCCGUGUGUAACCUCUUCACCUAGUGCAAAUUUUAAAGGGAACUCUAAAAGCUCCAGGUCAAAAAGUGUAAAGGCAGUUACCACGCACACAUCAAAGGCUUCUCCGAUACCCAAACCUCAACAAAAACCGCAAGAAGAUGAACAUACAGCUCAGAGAAUUUUUGACAUUUUAGCCGAAUAUGCCGAGCAACUUCGAAAUUCUCCAGAUUUAAAUAAUAAACCUGCUCCGAGAAGACGUUCAAAUCCUCCAACUAAUCCAAGUCAAAACACGAAACGAAAGAAAAAUUCGGGAACAAAGAAAGUCGGUGUUCAAGGUGGUAGCAGUAAUAGCAUUAUAACGUCUGAUACCGAAGUAGACGAUUCCAGAACUGUAGGUAGUGAAGACAGUUCGUGUGGUGUUGUACAGGUAGCAUUGCAAGAUGAAGAUCCUUCUUUGGCAAAUCCAAUUUCUUCAGAAAAUCUAGAACCAUCAUCAUCUACAAAUCCAAAACAGCAGCUAAUAUUAACGGAGGCAAACAGUCACACAAGAAACUUAAUAUUAACCGAUUCUAGUGUAGGAGAAGCCUUUAAAAUGUCUAAUACUGCAGUAUUAAUGCCUGGAAAUUAUAUAAUGCCUGUUUCCAUGGUGAAAAGUGGUCAGCAGAUUAGAGUUGUUUCUGGAAGCAGCAAAAUAUUAGCAGCAGUUCCCAAUAGAUCGGGCUCUAACAUGUUGCUUUUUCAGAGUUUUUUGAAUCAGUCGCGUAAAACAAAUAUUUCGUCAGUAAAAUACUCCGCUGUUCAACCUGUUAGCACUGGAAUUCCGUCUCAAGCUCAAUCGUCUAUUAUAUUACCGCCGACAACUCCAAAUUUGGCAUCCUUUACCAUAGGGCAAUCAGUUACUGUUAAAAAGGCAAAUGAAUCGGAGCGACUUGAUGUAAAUAACUUUAACGGAGAGGUUUUUUUGGCUAUUUCUAAUCCGAGGGAUAAUAAUGCGUUAAAUGCUUCCGAAAAUCCUGUCUCAUCUGAUAAAAUAAGUAGUUUCGCGUCAGUGGUAAAUAAUUGUAGAGAAAUUAAGGAGGAAAAGAAUUGUGAAAUAUCUCAAAUAACUUCAUUAACAACGUGUACAACAUCGAAAGCAGAUUCUAAUUGUGGCAAUACGACGACGACGCAGUCAGAUGUUAAGAGAAAUGACGAUGAAAAAGGUAAUAAAAGGAAGGAGAGGGUUCAGUCGGUGUUAGUAGCUCCUGGGUGUGUUACUAGUCCUAUGUUAUGUCAGAAUACGCCGAAUUAUACAAAACGCACUCGAGCACCGAACAUGGCUGUCAGUUCAACAAAAGAGGACUUUGUGUCGUCAGAAAGAAAGGUCAAAGAGGUGCUAAAACAAGUGGGUAUUCAGUCGUAUCAAAAUAAAAAUAAAAAGUCGCAAGGUGGAGUUCAACAUUUAGAUCGUGAACUUCAUCAGUUAUCUUUACAACGUAAACAAGCUGCACUGGAAAGAGAAUUGCGUUUACAAAAGUCUCUUUCUGAAGAGUGCGAAGAUUUAGGAGUUGACGAACCAAGUACGAGCGAAUUAUUUCCAGAAGCCGAUAUUUAUUUCGAUUCGAAUAAUUCUCCAUCAUUCGACCAGUCUUCCCAAGAAAUUAAAAAAACUAAUCAGUCUCUGUCUCAGCACACACAAAUCACCACGAAGAGCGAAACAAAGCCAAAUAUUAGUUUGUUCGAAGACGAUGACAAUUCAGACUCGUUCAGAAGCGACUUUUUAUUCGACGAUCCUGUGGGUUAUCGGAAUACAGAAAUGGAAUUGGAAUAUGACCGACGCCAUGGGCUUACGAACGGCCAGAAUAAUAUAUGCGGUAGUAAAAAAGAAGAAACGAUUAACGAGGAUUCAACUUUACUCCAAAAUUGUGGCUCUAUAACUGACGUAACUAUUCUGCCUCCCGUUAUACCCGAAUCUUGUGACGACCCUCAUGCCGCAAUUCCUAUGAAUAAAUGCAAAUACAAAUAUAGUAAUCGAAGGAAAGGAGGCGAUCGUGCAAAUAGUGGUGUAAGUGUAGAGAAUUGGUCAGUAGAAACGUCAAAUGCCGAAAACAAAGUAGAUUUAAAUAAAACAAACACUUAUAGACAAAGUCCUGGUGCACAUCAAACCGACGAAGAACAGAACGAUGGCGGUUUGAAAUUGGUGAAAAUCGAAAGAGGCGAGUUGGUUAAAGAUCAAGCUGAUUAUGUGGAAGUUUGCAGUGAAGAGGACGAGGAGGUGGGUGGUUGUGGUGGUAGUGUUAGUGGGCGCGGUGCGAGGCGAAGCGUGAAGAAACUUUGUUCCUGUUGCAACGGGCCCCAAGACGGUGGCAACACGAUUUUACGUAAAAGACCGGCGUCGAGACCUCAUACGCCAGCAUUGAACAAAAAGUCUCUCGUUAAUAAGAAGAGAUAGUGUUGGUAUGUAAGUGUAUAUAAUCAAUCAGUACAGUUUCUAGAUGCAAAUUGUUAGAUAGAUAUGAUUCAUCUUGUUGACUCUAGUCAUGCCGAAAAGUGUGCCCACACUCUAGUACAAAUAUUCCAAGUUCAGACGAUAAUUAUCGUAUUAACCGGUCUCCAGCAUUUGACUUCGAACAUUUGUAUAAGUAAUUAUAAAAAAAAUAUAUAAAUAAUAUACAUAUAUAAUAUAUAAAUAAAUAUAUAAAUACAAAUUAAUUGAAUAGUACAUAUUAUUAAAAGUUUUGAAAAAAUUUAGAACUGAACUAUUAACUUUAACUAUUGUACAUUUCUCUUUUUUAAUGUAAGUUAUUGAUUAAUUACUAUAUGAUGAACGCGUAAUACAGUUUUGUCGUUGUAUAUAGUACAUACCUCAUACUUGUAAUUUGUAAUACAUAUUUCCUUAUUUAAUACUAGGUAUCGGAUAAGUGCCGAACUGUCGUUUCUACAUUAAUGCAGUAUUGAACAAGAACGCAAUAAUAAAUAAUAUAUGUGUAUUUCUUCA